AUGACCUUGCGGUGUCUUUGGUUCAGUAUUGCAGUACUCCUGGCCAAUUAUGUGCAGGCAGACAAGGACAACAUUGUUAAACUCAACAAGUUCAACUUUGACCACAACGUGAAGAACGGCGUUUGGUUUGUGAAGUUUUACGCGCCUUGGUGCACUCACUGUCAGAGGCUAGCACCCAUUUGGGAGAAGUUCGCUGAUCAGGCUGCUGCCAAGGCAUGGCCGGUGAAAGUUGCGGACGUUGACUGCACUGUGAGUAAGCCUAUCUGCGAGAAAGCCAAUGUCAAGGGUAUUCCCACCCUGGCCCUGAUCAACGAGGGCGUGAUCAAAGGAAAAUACCGUGGUGACGCCUCUGUGAACUCCCUCCAAGCAUGGUUGGUCGAGCAAGGUGUGAUGCAG